AUGGUUACAAUAACUCGUUUCGAUGAUUUAUCACCAGAAUUAAUACUUUGUAUAUUUGAUUAUCUUUCACCAUAUGAUCGAUACAAUUCUUUUUUUAAUUGUAAUUAUCGUCUUCAUGAAUUGGUAAAAAAACGAACAGAAUUUAAUCGAAAAGAACUGAAUGGUGAUAUUCUUCGUUUUUCUACACUUCAUAGUUGGUACAAACAUUUACCAUUAGAUAAUGAUGGUAUGUUAUAUUUUAUUGUACCAACAAAAGGACAACAACCACGUUAUAGUUUUGAUCCUUGUGUUACUGAUGCUAACGGUUUACACUGGUGGUUUAUAUAUGAAGGAGGAGAAUAUAUUUUAAAUGAACAUGUACGUGCUAUUGUUACUCGUUAUCCAUUCAGACUUAAUCCUUUCUUUUAUCAUAAUGAACACAAAUCAACUGAUCAAUCAUUAAAUCGUCGUUGGUUUUAUGGUGGAAGUAUAAUUCUAGGUCGCGAUGAAAGAUUACAUGUUCGGACAUGGAUAAGUAACAAUUAUCCAGAACAUUUUGAUAGGAUUUUUAAUUCAUCAGAUUCCGACUUACGUAGAAAAGAAGAUAGUUUAGUACCUAUUUUUGAUAGUGAAUGGCUAAAAGCAACAACAGCUAUUCACAAGGCAGCCGUUCAAAUAUGGAAAUAUUUAAAAGAACUUGAUGAUUUUAAUCCAUUUCAGACAGAAUUUACACAAUAA